AAUGUACUCGAUCUCACACAACUAUUGACAGUCCAUCAACAGCACAGUCAGCAACAACAACAACAACAACACCACAUACACGUCAGGCCGUCCCACACGACACAGAAUAUGACGACAAAUGUUUUUAGUGAUAAUACCGGUGCUCGAGAUGGUGAACAACGUUACGAUGACAUGACUCUAGAUUUAACUGACUUUAUGUUAAGUGCCGACACCAGUGUCCAACUGUACGCAACCAAUGACCAGAUCGUUGCCCCAAACGCUGCCAAUACUACUAAUCACAUCAACUCAUAUAACUCAGCGACAAAUAUAGUAACAAAUUUGAAAACCAAUCGGUCGACGCCGACAAUUAAAUUAGAGCCGAAAGAUGUUAUGCCUAUUUUGCAUCAAACUCUGGUUCAGCCACAGACACACCAUCAUCAGACACACCUACAACCACCAGCACAGCCACAACAAGCUAUGGUUCCCAUAUGUGUGGAGUCCACCAAAACGUGUGCAACCGUACAUAUACCCAGUGUAUUACCGCCUUAUUGUAAAUGGACACCAAAUGUGGGUCUAAUGCCACCACAACAUAUAACUUCAGCUCAGAUGUCUCCACCGGCAUCACCUGAAAGGCAACAACAACUUCAACAACAAAAGCAACAACAGUUACGUCAACAACAAUCACAAUAUCCAACUAACAAUUUAGCCGUAUAUAAGCUUAUUCAACAGCAACAACAUCAGCAACAACAACAACAACAGGUACCGAUCCCACAAGCAGUGAAUCCAAUGACUAAACAACUCAAUGGUAUGCAGAUGAACGUCGGCACUACACCUAUUAGUUCCCUAACUCACCACAAAAUGGUUACACCGCCCUCAUCACCAAAUUUGGCUGAAUUACUGUCCACUGCUGGCUGUGCACCUAAUUAUCCUCCGUGUUUGGUCACAAUUAGUACCCCACCUGUGCCACCAAAACAAGUACAAAAUGGUGUUAAAGGUAAAGGUGUAAAAAAUACUAAAACUGGUGGUGGGGUCCGCAAGAAGACUACAUCGCAUUCGUGUACACACCCGGGCUGUACAAAGACAUACACAAAAAGCUCGCAUUUAAAGGCUCAUCUGAGGACACAUACGGGAGAGAAGCCAUAUCAGUGCAAUUGGAAAGGCUGUGGCUGGAAGUUUGCCCGAUCUGAUGAACUCACCCGACAUUUCCGUAAACAUACCGGCGAUCGACCCUUUCAGUGCCGACUCUGUGAACGAGCCUUUUCCCGGUCCGACCAUUUGGCUCUACACAUGAAACGACACGCAGCCGUAUAAGCCGUGUAUUUGAUUGGCGAGAAAAGGAACGGUAGCUAAAUGUUUGGUGGAAAUAUUGAGAGC